CUUGGAGACGUCAGCAUGGACACUCCAGAUUAUGGGAUUGCAGCAAUGAGGAGAGGAAGCUAUGAUGAUGCUGCAGCUUCUCUGCGUCCUCACCUCAGACACUUGGCUCAGAGACGACGCUCUGCCCCAUCACUGGUCUUUGGAAAGGCCUUGGGGAUGCCCUGGUCUCCUAUCAGGGAGGAGGCUUCUUGCUGGGUGUCUGUGGAGCAGAGUCCAUUUGUCCUUGGCCUCACCAGCGAGAAUGGAGAGCUGCUGCUGGAAGAGUGUGUCCAGGUCACCGAGGGCACAAAGACGGGAGACAGACACCUGUUCCUCUUCAGCGACGUCAUUGUCUUCGCCAAACUCAAGUCGACUGCCAGCUACCGCCUCAAGCACAGAGUGCGCCUCGAGGACAUCUGGCUGUACGGCUUUGAAGAUGAAGUGGAAGAAGAGGAGGGAACGACGGUGGAUAUUGACCUCCGGGUGACCCUCGUGUUGGCCUGGGCUCUCACUGUUUGUUUGGUGUGUUUUCGUUCGCCUGAGGUGAAAGAACGCUGGUUAGAUACUCUUCACAGAAAGAUCAAAGACGCAAAAGAGAGGGCUGGUUGUGCUUUUUCACCUCCAGACGUCCUCAUGAAGGUGUUGAGUGGAAGCAUUGCAACUAAAACUCUAACAGGAGGUGGCAUGGAGCAAAUCAUCGAGUUUCCAUUUGAUGGCGAUGCAAAGAUUGCGAAGCAGUUGAAUAACCAAGAGGAGAAGCAGACACAGCCCACUGAAAAAAAGUGGAACCAAGUGGUGAAGAGGCUCAGAAAGGGCUCUAGUUUCAUCAACAAAGGAAGCCGAUCAGAAACAGACGCCAAGACGCAGCUGUUUGGACAGCCCCUCUGCAAGAUAUGCCCAGACGACUGCUCACUUCCCAAACCAGUCAUGGAGUUGCUGGUGUUGCUGAGGAAGAAAGGCCCGUCCACAGAGGGAGUGUUUCGGAAGGCGUGCAACAACAAGAACAUGAAGGACAUCAGAGAGCAGCUCAACAGCGGUGUGGAGGUGGACAUGGAGGACCAGCCGGUGUUUCUGCUCAUCGGGCUUCUCAAAAGUUUUCUGAAGGAACUUCCUGGCAGCCUGCUGGUGUCUGAACUUUAUGACAGCUGGAUGACGGCUCUGGGUAAUGAGGACACUCAGCAGAGAGCUCUGGAAAUCAGAAAGGUGGUGGAUGUGCUCCCGGUGCACAACAGACUCCUCCUGCAGCAUCUAGUCUGCGUCCUCCAUCACAUCCUUGAGAGAGCUGACAUCAACAAGAUGGACGCCUACAACUUGGCGGUGUGCAUCGCCCCCACGCUGCUGCAGUUGGACGGCACCCCGCUGGAUGAGCAGAAGGAAAAGAUGGAGAAGGUCACAGAGCUGACUCAGUUCCUGAUCAAGCACUGCGAGCUACUUGGAGAAAAUAUCCCAAACCUGCUCGAUACUGAUGAAGACUCCCUGUCCUCCCAGCAUCACGACUCUGCGUAUGAUAGCACCGACCCAGACGGAGAUGGGGAGGCAGGGGAGAGUACCAGCUCCACACAUGGAGGCUGUGGCUCAUCCUCCUCUCUCAGUCCCUGCACCACCACCUCUUCUUCCUCUUCUUGGGCGUCUGAUACUGGCUUCAACCCAAAGGUACCGUUCAACCGUCGCUGCUCUGAGCCCAUCAUCGUCAUCUCGCCUGAUCUUGAGAACCUGUGUGGCCACGCCAGGAGCCACGAGGACUGCUCCGUGGACAGGGGGGACUUUGAGAAGCAGUCUCUGAAAAAACCCAUAUCCGAUGACUCUUUCUUGUUCAGGGGACAAGGGGGACCCAGGCCAGUUCUGUCUUUUCCAAAACUGAGCAGCAGCACCAACAUGGACCCACUGCCUGACAUGGAUGGUAAUCAUGUGAAGGGCUGCUCAUGCUCUUCUCUAGAGAGCGCAGCCUCAAACCAGUCGGAGGGCUCUGUUUUCACCAGUUCCCCAAUGGGGUCACCAGCCUGCCCCAGGAGAGAAAACACCACCAACCACCCUUCAGUGGCUGCAAAGGGUCUACAGGACAUUGCCAGGCCAAAUUCAGAUGAGAAGAAGCGUUCACAGUCCAUGAGAAUAACCACUAAAGUCCUAAUGAGGACCAGGAGUUUAGGAGCCUUCAGCAGGAACAGCCUGAAGAAAGAUUCUCAGACAAUCACUCCUUGUGAAACUCUCCAGGAGGACUCUCAGAGUGAAGCAGAUUCACCAGCUGAGCUUCUGCAAAGACCGCGCCCUCUGUCGGCCAUUGAGGUAUUUAAACAGGUGGACAGCAAGCUGCCCUGCAGGCCUCCAUCAUACCAGCAGGCAGUACAGUACAAGGUGGGUCUCCCUCCACAGUAUGGAGCAAUGACUGUACGAGACGCCAAAGAGCUGAAGAGGAGAUCCCGCCCAUCCUCUGUAAAUUAUGACUUCCCACAUCGCUGCUCUGUCACUCAGAACAUGGACAGCUUUGCUCAAGCGGCACAGGACAGUGACAACGUUGUGGAGCGGCGGCAGCCUUUCCGCCAGAGAGCCAUGUCUGAGUCUGUGUCUGCCGGCCGUCCAGAGACCCUGUCACGGAGAUGUAGCCAGCCUGUGUUUGAGGAGUUUUCUUACGCCAAGGAGUCUUGCGUUUGAUUCACUUUGAAACAGUUUCAUAGAUGGGAUUUUAGUCAUACAGGCACUUCUUGAAGGCAGAACUGCAAUUUAGCCACUCACCACCAAGCCUCUUUUUUCUUUUAUUUCUCCAGGGCCUGGGUCAUGCAUGGUUAGCCAGGCUGACCCCCUAACUUAGAGAACUUGUUGUUGUUAAUCUGAUUGCAUGUUUUGAUUUAAGAGUAAGAAUGCUAGGCUUUAUAACAGCAGCCACUUCCUACCCUAAUUCACACUUUUUCUCUGUCCUGUGGUCAGUUAGACAGAGAGACGUGUCUUUAAGGCCCUGUCCACUGACCAACUCUGUGUCAGAGCGAUGUUUGUAUAAAGAUGUCCAAUCUAUUCAUUUUUCACUUUUUCACUUUGAAUGUCAGCUAUGUGCAGCCUCUGGUUGCACUGUCUAUGUAGUACUAUUUAGAGUACAAAUGUUAUAAUAUAUGUUUUUAUCAUGAUAGAUAGUCUAUCACAAUGAAGCUAUGAAAACACAGUUAGCUGUGGAUCAAAUAUGCUAUGAGUUUCUGUUCUGUUGAUAUAGUGAUUAUGUACAGGAUGGCACGUUGAGCACACUUUUAUUUUUGCUUUUUGUAAAUCCUCCGCACCUUGCAUGGUCUCCUUCUUCCACUACAUUAAAGCACUUUCCGGAUGAUGAA